UAAGAGAGUCCAAUCAGCAAGCUGGUCACAGGGCGAGAUGGUGUAUAUAAAGGGGCGCGAGAGCUGCUGGGACAUCAGCACCAUGAAGGUCUUGGUGGUGUUCGCGCUGGUGGCUGCCGCCUCCGCCUUCUCAUUCUUAGGUGAUGACGAUUUCAGUGGCUUCCAGAAAGAUGAAUCUGACGGUGUACCAUUAGCACAGAAGCAGCACGACAUCAACUACCUGCUCUACAAGGUGUACGAGCCUCUGCAUAAUGCUAACCUGAAGACUCUAGCUGAUACCUUUGACCCAGAAGCCCACGCAUCAGAUUGUCGUGACGGUGGUGUUGCUGUUCUCAAGUUACUGAAAGAACUCGAAGAUCACACCCUUGAGGAGAAGCAACAUUAUUACUCAGUGUUUAAUGCCACUCAGCGGGAACAAGCCAUAUUACUUACUAAUGUUCUCCUUCAGUGCCAGGAUUGGAAAACAGUUAUUAGCAAUGCUGCUUACUUCCGUCAGAGAAUAAAUGAGGAAGAAUUUGUUUAUGCUUUGUAUACAGCUGCCAAACACUCCCCACUUGCUAAAAAUGUUGUACUUCCUCCAAUAUAUGAGAUUCUUCCUCAUUUUUUCACAAGCAAUGAAGUACUCCAAAAAGCAUACAAAGCGAAGAUUACAGCUACACCAGGCAAAUUCGUAACAAACUUCACAGGCACCCCGAAUAACCCAGAGUACAGAGUUGCCUACUUCACUGAAGACAUCGGCCUUAGUAAUCACUAUUUUAAUUGGCAUAUAGAAUAUCCCUUCUGGUGGAAUGACACUUUCGGCCCUCAUAUUGAACGUAAGGGUGAGACCUUUUUCUGGAUCCAUCACCAGCUCAACAACCGCUUUGAUGCUGAACGAUUAUCCAACCACCUCGACCUUGUGCAAAAACUUCACUGGGAUGAAACUCUUCAUGACGGCUUCCAUCCUCAUACUUUAUACAAAUAUGGAAGUUUCUUCCCGGUUCGACCUGAUGAUAUCCACAUCGAAAACGUGGAUCAUGUUGCUGAGGCUCAUGAUUUAGUAGUACUGGAGAACCGCAUUCGAGAUGCAAUCGAUCACGGUUACAUCAUUGACAAGGAGGGCUCCAAGGUGGACAUUAAAAAUGAAGAAGGUAUUGAUAUCCUUGGUAAUAUUAUUGAGUCUUCUUUGUACAGCCCCAAUGUUGAGUACUAUGGUUCCCUCAACAAUUUGGCUCACGUCUUGCUUGGUCACCAGGGUGACCCCCAUGACAGGUACCAUGAGGCUCCCAGUGUCCUGGAGCAUUAUGAGACAGCUACCCGCGACCCAGCAUUCUACCAGCUACACAAGUACAUUGAUGACCUCUUCAGAAAACAUAAAGACCGUCUUCCACCUUAUAAUAAGGAAGAGCUUGAGUUCCGCGGUGUUGCUAUCAACAAUAUUAACAUUGAUGGUACAUUGGAGACUUACAUGGAAGAUUAUGAAUAUAGUCUUGUAAAUGCUGUGGAUGAUAAAGACGAAGUUGAAGACUUGGAGAUUAGCACUUAUAUUCAACGUCUGAAACAUAAAGAUUUCUCCUUCAAUAUCGACAUAAUAAACAAUAAUGAUGGUGAUGUUUUAUCUACAAUCCGUAUCUUCGCCUGGCCACACCGUGACAGCAACGGCGUCAUCUUCCCAUUCAACGAGGGUCGUUGGCGAGCUAUUGAACUAGACAAGUUCUUUAAGACUCUAAAGCCUGGAGAAAACCACAUUGUGCGCAAAUCUGUUGAGUCGUCGGUGACAGUGCCUGACGUGCCUAGUAUCAACACCUUACAUGAGAAAGCUGAAGCAGCACUCAGUGGUGGCAGCGACUUGCAACUGGACCAGUUCGUGAGCGCCACUGGACUGCCCAACAGGCUGCUCAUACCCAAGGGCAACGAGGCUGGUGUAGAGUUCAAGCUGGUGGUGGCUGUGACUGAUGGUGCAGCUGAUGCAGCCAUUAAUGGCCUCGAGACAUUUAAAAAGUUCCACCACUAUGGCUACAAGGGAGUCUACCCAGACAAGAAACCUCAUGGCUACCCACUGGACCGUCACGUCCCUGACGAACGAAUCUUCCACGACAUUCCCAACUUCGCAGAGACCAUCGUUAAGGUCUUCAACCAUGACGAACACAUCCACCACCACUAACACUCAUGUGCUUUUAGUUUCUAAUAAAAAAAAAGUUUACCACUUAAUGCAUGUAAAAGAGGACAUUCGACAUCGAGAAUUCCUAAGAUAUUUUGCAUUUGAGAACAAUAAAUAUAUACUUUGC